UAUGGGGAAAUAGACGUCUGCCGCAUCGAAACGCCCGAAAUCGACUCAGUCUAUGCUCACAUCAUACGUGUGACCCAGCGUCUGCCCUCGGGUGCCACGACCAGUCAUUCCAUUCCAGACGACGUUGCGUCGCAAUCAGUCGACUUCUUGAGAAUUUUUUGGACCUAUUUCACACAAACAAGGGAAACGCUAAUUCAUCUCUGGAGGAUACACAUUGUCUACGUUGGAAAUGACGUUCAGGGACUUCCCAUUCUUGACGCCUGAGGAGUUUUCCGAAGUAUGCCAUCAUUUCGAUAGCCAGUAUUGCCGUGCUACCUUGGGCCCGAUGCGACGGCGUUGGAAAAUGAGGGUAUGCACAGCACUUGAUACAUCAUUCGCCACGGGCGUUGAAUACACUACUUAUUUACAAAUCAUCCGGCCACUCGAGGCUACUUUGGACUGUGGCGGUCUCUCAUCUGUUCUGGACAAUUUUUCAUUUGGCGAUGGUGCUUCGGAAAAGGAUGCUCUAGGACUUGGAGAUGAGGCCAUGAUUGAUGCUGAAGAGUCCGACGAGGCUGCGCUCUCCAAGUCACACGUUCCUGAUUCCGGUCACGUCGUCUACGAAGUGCACUGGCAUCCCACAUAUCGGAUGCCUUGCCUGUGGUUCACAUUACAUGGACUGCCAGCCGACGAGCCUGCAUUCAACCUCGACACUGUCUUUCGAAGACUGGUGCCCGAUCAGUUCAAGGAUGCUCUCCGAAGGUCUAGCGGAAUUGGAGGAAUCUCCGGCGACCACCACCCCCUUACGGGAUUACCGUCAUUCUUCAUCCAUCCAUGCCUGCUCGGGGACGCCAUGUCGGGGUUUAACUGUUCCAAGGAGCAGUACAUGAUGCUAUGGCUCGGCCUGGUUGGCGGAUGCGUCGGGCUCUGGGUGCCCAAAGAGAUGGCCCUGGAUUCAACCGGCUGAAGCUCGCCGCCGCCGGGACCCUCCUGCCUUCUCUCACCCUGUUUGAACUGGAAUGCAAGGCUGAGAUGUUCAAUCAUCGUCACUGUCCUCUUCCAUGGCAACAUCGCUGUCCUCGUCUUCUUCCUCGUCUCUGGUCCGCUUCUGGCCUCUUGCAUCAGCCGUC